AAAUUUUCCAUAAUCAUCAUCUUUCAAAAACAACACCACCACCUUCAAAACAACAACAACAUAAUCACCACAACAUUUCUAUUAUAAUAAUCAUUCUCAAAAUUCCAACACCUUCAAAGAUCAAAGUUCAAACACAAACCUAUCUUCUCUUUUCUUCUUUCUUUUGCCACCUCAGUUUUUCCUUCAUUCUCAUUGCACUAAUUAACAUAAAGGGUAUUCAACAAAAUUGUAAAUUUCAUUAUAUAUAAUUUUAAUUAUAAACAUCUUUGUCAAAAUCCAGUUUUAGCUUCUCUACUAUAUUUGGCAAACACAUCCUUUAAACUAAUAUUAAAUUUUUUACUUUAACAAAUAACAAAAUCAUCUAUUCUUUCUUCUCUUCUUUUUUUUUUCCUUCAAUUUUAUGAAUUUUUUUUAAAGAAGAAAAAAUAGCUUGAGGAGAAAGAUUUGUUGAUAAAAUUCAAAAGGGUGUUUGAAUCUGGAAGAAAAAUAAUGGCUACUGAGGCGUUUAUGUUGAAAGAAAGCGCCUUGUUAUCUCUAAGAACAUUGAAGAGUCUUUUCAUGUUGAUAUAUGCAAUUGUUAUGGUGAUUUUGUUACCAUUUAGAGGAAGAAGAAGAGUUUCUCCUGUUGAAAAGGAAGAGAAAAUUCAACAUGAUGAAUGUAGUCAUCACCGGAAAGGCGCGGUGGUUCGUGUUCCGGCGAAGAUUGUGCCGUGGAAAAGUGGUGGUGGUGGUGGUGGUGUGGUGGCAAUGAAGGUGGUGGAUCAUGUGAUGAGAAGGGAAUUGGCUAUUAAGAGAGUUUUGGAGGAUGGUGAUGAGAAAUGUUUGAGAGAGUAUUGGCUUUUUGGAACAAAAAGGGGUGACACAAUUUUCACACAAUGUUGGACACCUCUUUCUGUUAAGAUUAGGGGACUUGUUCUUCUUAUGCAUGGUCUAAAUGAACAUAGUGGUAGAUAUAGUAAUUUUGCAAAGCAACUGAAUGCUAAUGGCUACAAGGUUUAUGCAAUGGAUUGGAUUGGUCAUGGUGGAAGUGAUGGUCUCCAUGCAUAUGUUAAUUCUCUUGAUGAUGCAGUUUCCGAUUUGAAAGUAUUUAUGGAGAAGAUUCUAACUGAAAAUCCUGGCCUUCCAUGUUUCUGCUAUGGACACUCAACAGGUGCAGCAAUUACUCUUAAGGCACUCCUUGACCCAAAGAUUGAAGCUUUCAUAGCUGGUGCUACAUUCACAUCCCCUGCAGUUGGAGUUGAGCCGUCUCAUCCAAUUUUGGUGGUACUUGCUCCAAUAGUAUCAUUUUUGCUGCCGACAUAUCAAUGUAAUUCCGCAUAUAAGAAAGGUUUGCCAGUUUCUCGAGACCCAGAGGCACUUAUCGCGAAAUAUUCAGACCCGUUAGUAUGCACCGGAUCUCUUAGAGUACGAACCGGCUAUGAGAUUCUUAGAAUUACAAGUUACUUGCAACAAAACCUAAGAAACUUGAAAGUUCCGUUUCUUGUUCUACACGGCACUUCUGAUUCUGUGACUGAUCCUGUUGCAUCACAAAAACUGUAUGAAGAAGCUUCAUCAAGUGAUAAAAGUAUAAAAUUGUAUGAAGGAUUCUCACAUGAUCUUCUUUUUGAACCUGAAAGAGAGGAUAUUACUCAAGAUAUAAUUCAAUGGUUGAAUAGUAGAGUGUAAAAAUUAGUAGAAGUAAUGAGGAAAUAUAGCAUGGAAUUUUCUAGCCCAAAGAAAAUGUUGAAGAGCGAGUCUUAGUGAUCAAUUUUAUGGGCUGUAAUUGAGACCAAAAUACCUGAAGCAAUAUAUGUCUGAGGCAUGUUUUAGUUUUUGCCCAAAACCAUAUAAUUUAUGUUUCAUUAAUUUAAAAAGUAGGUAGCAAAUAUUUUUCAUUA